UGUAUGACGUUUAUGGACUGCCAUUCCAUCGAGUUGCUUGAUCACGACACCUUUAAAACAUCAUCACUCACUUCAUUAUGUGCUUUACUGAAGCGCGAUACAUUCUACGCGCCGGAAAUCGAUAUUUUCAAAGCGAUUUGGAAUUGGUCAACAAACAACCCAGAUGAUGAUAUCAAGGAGGCGCUUUCUACAGUACGCUGGUCAACAUUGGAUAUGAUUGAUUAUGUGAAUGUCGUUGAACCAAGUAAAAUUUUGAACCCAGCUCAACUUGCACUUAUAAUGAGCGGAAGCUGUGGAUCAAGCAACACAACUGGGCGUAUCAAAUGUAGUCCACAGGAUUUCAAAAAGGAAGUUGAAGAAAAUAUUGCAACCACAGAAUACGGUGCGAAAACUGUUGCUGGUGAAAAUCCAGCAUCACUUUUGAGUGGUAAUUUUACAGAUUAUGAUGUGAAUAAAGGUUGUACAUAUCAUGCAAUAGAUGAAAACAAUUGGAAAUUGUAUCAAGAUGAAAAUAUGUCGAAACCAAUAAGUAAAUCUAUAAUCGUCGACUUGGGAAAAGUCAGUUUCAUAGAUACCAUCAUUUUUUUGUUAAUGGAUAAAGAUUCCCGUUCAUAUUCAUACUACAUUGAUGUGUCACUUGAUGGUGAAGAUUAUAAACGUUUGUUUGAUCACACCAAUAAUUACUAUAGAUCAUGGCAACAUUUGUAUUUUCAAACACGUCCUGUGCGCUUCAUUAAAUUGGUUGGCACACGAGCCAUUAAUAUAUUGCAGGAAGAAAAUGCAUUUCGAUAUUUUGUGAGAGAGUGGGAAAUGGCGUCCUAUAAGCCAUUUUGUGUGGUUGGAUUCCAAGCAAUGCAUAAAACAACUUUUCCCGGAGGUUUCCCUGAGUUUAUCGAUGGUUUCAUGAAGCCAAGGAAUAACUUUGCAAAAACUGAAUUUGGCACAACUAUUCUUCAAGGAGUGGGCGCUAAUAACAUGUUGAAUGCAAAUCCCGAUGAAUUCACGUGCCACGAAAUUGGGUCUUACAUUUUAUUACAAUUUAAUCAACCGCUCUACAUUGAUUCGUUCCGAAUGCUGCUUGGGAAUAAUAUGAAUCGUUUGAACAAGUAUUCGUUUUAUAUUGAGACAUCUUUGGACAAAAAAAAUUGGAAAAUGGCUGUUGAUAAACGAAAUGAAAGCCUGUCAGGAUGGCAGGAGUUUGACUUUGAAUCUCGUCCAGCUAAUUUCAUCAAAAUAACUGGAACUCAAAACGACGUUAAUUUUAUCUGUACAUAUUUUGAGUGUCCAAGCAAUCCGGAAAAACCCAAAUUGAUAUCUUCGCUUAAGAGAGAAUAAAGUACCGACAUAAAUGAAUUAAAGAACAAUUCAUAUAUAUUGAUUUUGAUUAUUUUGAUAAGUAUCAUUUUUCUUAUAACUAAAUCAAUCUUAUUCAACUAACGAUAACUUGUUCUGUAUUCAAAGGAUGAACUUGAUAAAUGAUGUAUUUUCUAAUGUUUUUGUCAUGUGGGCAUCUGAAAAUAUACAUUGAAAUUAU